GGCAUCGGCAUCCACCAAUCAGAUUCCUACCCCGCGCAUACCGCCACCCGCAGCUUCGAUAUUUGUGUGACUGGAGUUUCUUUCGAUCUCGUCGUCCCUAAAUCGACGGUACACCGGAGCGAGCAUGGUGAAGAUUUUCAUUGGCAACCUUUCUCCGGAAACGGCGAGAGAGGACAUCGAGGCUCUCUUCGUCAAGUACGGCACGGUGACGGAAUGCGCGAAGUACAAGAACUACGCCUUCGUCCACAUGGAGGACCGCAAGUCGGCCACCAAAGCCAUCCGCGAGCUCCAUCUGCACAAGUUGGACGGCAGGCCCAUCAACGUGGAGCCCAGCCGCGGGAAGAACCAGGGUCCCGUGAAGCUGCACGUCGCCAACGUGGAGAAGGGCUUCGACAACGAGCUGCGCGAGCUGUUUGAGGAGUACGGCACGGUCACGGAGUGCGCGAUAGUCAAGAACUUCGCUUUUAUCCACAUGCCUCAUCACGACGAGGCCAUGGAUGCCAUGGAGGGCCUGGACAACACUCAGUUUCAGGGAAAGCUUAUUCACGUUCAGGUAUCCAAAAGCAGACCCAGAGGGGCUCCCGAGGAGGAGGAGGAGUACCCCCCUCCACCAGGCAGAGGAGGCUUCUUUCCUCCUCCCCCUCCUCCGUAUUACCCGAUGGCGAGGCCCGAGCCCCCCUUCAGGGAGCGCAUGUCUGCGUACCCCCCGCCCCCUUCCAUGCCUGCGCCCCCUCUACCACCACCGCCCCCUCCCGUGAGGCGAGCACCGUACCCCGACCGUGGUUUUCCUGAAAGGGCCCCCUACGCCCCGGUGGAUUACUAUGAGAAAUACAGGGCCCGCCCUUACAGCGCUCCGAGCUACGACGAUAGGCGCAUACCCCCUCCUCCGCCUCCUUCGUCGCCUAUGGUUAGAGAACGCCUGGGGAUGGCGGGGCCCGUCGACCCGUACGAGCGGCGCCCCCUGCCGCCCGCACCCUCUUAUGCGGCGCGGGACCGGAGCCCCAUCAGGAGAAUCCCCCCUCCACCCGCCCCGGCGGCUGGGAACGGCUAUUCCUACGAGCGCUCUCGACUGUCGCCGGUGACCAGGGCUCCAAUGUACGCGGUCCCCCGGCCCAGGGAUCCCUAUGCAGAGAGGAUGCCUCCCCCGCCUCCACCUCGCUACGCAGGCUAUUAGAGGGGCCCGAGUGUAACACAAGGUUUUAGAAUAUGACAAGGUCGUCGUCGUCUGCUGAUGCACGUGGCGCUAUACACCCAGCACGUCUAUGGCGGAUCGCGUUGCGUUCGCCUGAGGCUAACAGGAAGAUAUUGCGGACGGCCUCGUAUUUAAAAACACACGACUCCAUCUCUACGGUUUUCAAGAACUUUGUGUUCCUCAACUUGUUUUCUCUCUUCCGAUGUUCUGUAGGUGUUUAUCAGAACCGAUACUGAGACUGUUUGGAGUGUGACGCAUUAGUCGAUGGCUGAGAACCAUACUCUGUUCAGACCUUUUAUAAUAGCCUCUGGGAAACUCUAUUUUCAUAACAAGGGAUUGCCUUUAAAUCCAAAUCUGUGGAUUCGUUUAAGUUUAAGCUUGUUGGUUGAUUUAAAAAAAAUGUUCAGUAAUUUAAAAAUCAGUUAAGGAGUGCUUUAAUAUAAUACCUAGUGUGGGUGGCUGUCCAAAAAUCUUCCAAAUUGCGACACUUGUUGGAAGGACCUCAAAAGUUCAGUGUGUUAUUUUUUUUUUUCUUGUUACACUUUGUUAAAUUUGAUUUUGCGGAACUAUGAUCUGUAGGCCCACUCUGUGUGAAUUGUAUUUACCUUUCCAAGUGGCUUUUUAUUUCAAGGCUUUUAAUAAACAAAUGAAACCAAA